AUGCCGUCUGGUGCAUCGGUGGCCGAGCCAGGCUCCAUCCUGGACGAGGAGUCUGGCAGGACAUUCCACAACCACAGCACCGGCCGGUACUUUUUCCCUAAUGACCCGGCCGAGCAGGACCGCCUUGAUCUUCAGCACCGCCUCGUGACGCUCCUCCUCGACGGCCAGCUUCACCGCGCCCCCGUCGUCUCCCCCAAAAACGUCCUCGACGUCGCCACGGGCACGGGCAUCUGGGCCAUCCAGUUCGCAAGCCUGCACCCCGAGUCCAACGUGGUCGGCACCGACCUCAGCCUGAUCCAGCCCGACAACGCGCCGCCCAACGUGUCGUUUGUCAAGGAGAACUCGGAAAAGGACGAGUGGAUCUUCCCGGAGCCCUUUGACUUCAUCUUCCUGCGCCUGGUCUUCACCUGCUUUGAUGACCCGCGCGUUGUCAUCCGCAAGGCCUUUGAGAACCUGCAGCCCGGCGGCUGGAUCGAGUUCAACGAUACCGGGUUCGAGCUGCUGUCUACGGAUGGGACUGUGGAUGGCACGAAUAAUGAGCGCUGGGUUGAGCUCAUGCUGAGGGCUGGGGAAGCCGUCGGGCGCGACUUUCUCAUCUCGCAAAAGUAUCAGCAGUGGCUUGUGGAGGCUGGGUUUGUGGAUGUCGUGGAAGAGGUUGUGCCUUGUCCGAUGAACAACUGGCCAAGCGACCCCAGAUUCCACAUGCUGGGAAAAUGGCAGAUGACCAAUGCCGACAGGGCCAUCCGCGGCACAUCGUGGAAGCUGUUUCGCGCCCUGGGCAUGUCACCAGAGGAGAUUGAGGACAUCGUCCAGCGGACCAAGAAGGACAUUAGGAAUACAUCUAUUCACGGCUUCAUCCCAUGGUAUUUCGUGUAUGGUCGUAAACCGUUCCCAGGAGAAGUCGUUGGGAAUAGAGCAGGGAAACAGUGAUUUGGUACGCGAGGACUUGUUUGAAGUGUUGAUCGAAUUUGUCGCGGUACAGUCGAUGUGUACACGACCUGCGCCAGAAGCGAAACGAGUGGUUGAGUGCGGUGGCAGCAGGUCCAUGAGAGCUCUAUCAAGGCUGGCAGAUCAAGGAGCUGAAUAGAGCAGGAUGGGGCUGACCAAGGGCAGCCAACACGUCUGGAAAAACGAGAAUUACUUGAUGAGCAAGGACGCAGAACCCUGCGUGAGCUGCAGGUGAGACUGAGAGAGUACAAAGAGAAACGCAGACUGAAGUCCGUUUAUAGGACACUACUCAUUUCGAGCAUGCUUCUGUAUAUUUACUAAGUAAAUACUCAUACAUUAUCGACC